UUCAAAAUCGCACGAUAUCUUUUCGGGGUCCAAAUUUAGUUCAAGUUGUUUCAAUUGUUCGAUCAUCAGUGUGUACGUUGCCAUUUGCUUAUUUGGUAAAAGCACGCAUACAGCAGGAUGAACGCCUCCGAAACGUUCUGCCAUGAUUACAUGCACUUGUGCAAAUAUCAGUGGAGCGGAUUUAAACGUUCCGUCAACGAACCAAUGCUUUGACUCCUUAAGAACCUAAAAUAAAUUACAGUAAGCUAAUGUUUAGAAAUAAAUUUGAAUAUAGCUUAAGCCGGGGAUCCACCAAACGCGCAAAACGUUUGCAAACGUUCGCAAACCUUUGCAACUGUUUGCGAACGUAUGUAUUCCUCCGGUGGAGCCAGACUGGCGCGCACGCACGGUUCGUGCGCGUAGUUAUUCCGGGCGAUGUCGGUAGAUCAAAAGGAAUUCGUUGCGAAUGCGCGUGUAGUGGAGUCAGAUGUUUUAGUUCGCAAGCAGCAACGUUUGUCCUUUUAGUUAGUUUUCAUCUAUUUGUGCGAUAAAUGGAGUGGGAGCAAGAAAAAUGUUUACAAUUAAUUGCCGCGUAUGGCUUGUAUCCUGAAUUGUGGCAAGCGACUCACAAGUACUAUUAUAAUAAAUUAAAAAAGAAUGAUGCAUGGUGUGAAAUAGCGAAACAACUAGAGAGUAAUGUAGAAAUUAUUAAGGCAAAACUAAACUCUCUUCUGGCGUCAUUUCGGCGAGAAAAAGCUAGACAGGAGAGUACUACGGGGACUGGAAAAGGGCGAAAUGAGAUUUAUAGGAGUAAGUGGUUUGGAUUCGAGGCGUUCCAAUUUUUAAUGGACAAGAGUAAAUGCAGGAAAUCCCUAAACACCUCUCAAAAUAAAAGUAAAAUUGUGGAGGGCACACCUGCGGAGGAAACAGAGGAUGAAAAUUUUGAUAAUGACUCAAUUGACCACAACGAUCAGGACACUACUCUACAGGAAACAAUAGACGAUACGCUCACGGAAGAUUUUGAGUUACAACAAACACAACGUACGAAUGUUGGACAUGAAUCAAAUAUGGUACACGACAAGAAUGUACGUCGGCAGGUUGUUGUAAAUGAACAGAAUGCUGCACGUCAACCCAAUGUUGUACCUGGCAGAAAUAUUGCACGUCAACCGAAAAGAAAGAAAGCCGAACCAGAAACUAAAUCUGAUCCUCGAAUCGAUGCCGCCUUAAAUAUAAUACAAGGAAUAAAUCAACGUGAUGCUUCUGACAUAUAUGGCGAGCAUGUCGCUAUGAAAAUGAAAAGUUACAACCAUAGAACCCAGGCAAUAGUACAGCAUUUAAUCAAUGACAUCUUAUUUAAUGCAGAUAUGGGGGUAUAUAAUCACGAGAGUAAUACAAGAAAUAUAAAUGUUCAGCCCUCCCGUCUUCAACCCUUGGUCUCGCCACAUGCAUUUGCAACUGAAUCUUCAUCUUCACAUACAAGUGCAUCUACAUCAAGAACAUCCACACCACUGCCGGGAUUUAUAUCAAGUUGCUCUCGUACAACAACAUGCGUCGACACACAAAAUGAUAUGCUACAUCCUACAUCAAUAAUAACAGAUUAUGUUUCCAACUAUGACCCAUCCACACAUUAUUAAUUAUGAUUUUUAUACACAUAUUUGUACUUUUUUUUACUUAACUGCUUACAUGCAUUAAUAGCACUUAAAUAAAAUAAACAGUUUAAGUUAAUCAGUGUGCUCACCUUUACGUAGUCGUCCAACGCUUCUAUUACUGCUCCGCACACUUCUGGGAUAAUUCUGGAAAUAAGUUGCCUUGAAACUCCAAAAAGGUACAUCAAACUGCGAUAGGAAUCCCCAGUUGCCAAGAAUCGAAGCGUUAUGGCCAGCCUAACUUCCACAGGUA